UGAUUUCUUAGAUUUUGUAGGGGCGACUUAUAAAUUUGUGUUCGAGUGAGAUUUUGAUCAACUUCUUUUAAUUUUGUUCUUUUCCAACCUUUUGUCACGUCAGCAAACUUUGUUUUUAUCUCUUUUCUCCCUUUGUGUUUUUUUCCCUCACGCACUCGUCGUUUGUGGAUUUGUUGCACUUUGCAUGUUUGGCGUUCUUUUCACUACUUGUCGUUUUUGCCCGCUUGGGGAUGGCGACUAAACACGUGAGAGGGAGAGGCAAGGGUUGUGUAGAACCAAAGGGAGGAGUUGGGAAAAACAUACUUUGAAGAAUAAUAUCAAAUCUCAUUUGAUUCUAAUAUAUAUACAUAUUUUUUUUGUUAGCGUGUCAAAAUAUUCUGGUUCCUUUAAAUUCAACAAUUUCCAAAUUAUUCCCUUUUAUGGUUGGUUAGUGUGAUAAUGAAAUUUUAAUGAGAAUUCAUGUAUACAUUCAAUAAUACCAAGUCUGCAGGCUACAACAGUCAACAACACCAACAUUCCAGUACCUUCUACGUUUCAUUAUGCUUGUUUAUAUUAAUAUCUGUGAGUUUUCCAACUGGCAUAUACUCACUUAAAUUGAGUGGAUAUUUUCACCGUCAAAGUUUCAUUAAAGUUGAUAGGUUUUGAUAGAUAUGAAGAUGUUAUCUAACACUUUAAGAUGAUAUCCAACACUUGUAGAUCACUAAAGCAUAAACAUUUUGAACUGGUCGCUCGCGAAUUUGCUACCCUUGCACAAACUAAAAGGUCCACCCAUCUUGAUGUCCAAUGCUGUCAUUGACCAUGUUUUCUUUCCCCUGUUUCUGAUUCCUCAACCAUGACUCCAUCACUUAUUAUCACUCAAUCCAAUCUUUUUGUGAGUAAUUUUCUCGCUAGACCAAUAAUCGCAUGGUUUCUAUCAUCAUCAUAUGAUUCCCAAUUGGUGAUCGAAGAAAUUCUUUCACUUGUUCCAAUUUUUUGUGACCUCGCCGUAUUCCCCAAAAACUCCAUUGUUUAUUUCAUUCAAUGGAUUCUUUCUUCUUUAUCUUCACAGUGUUUUGAUUCCUCCUGUUUGAUUCCCAGUUUUGAUUAGACCCAUUUCGUCACAAUGAAGCAUAAGAAGGAUUAGACUCCAAUCGUGAUGGACACAAUCUUCACCAUGAGCAAUUGCCUUGACUCUCAAGAGAACCACUAUAUAAGAUGUGGGAAGUGUUGGAUCGGUGUGGGAAGAGGUUUGAAGAUUGUUCUAAGACGGUAGAGGCUGCAGCAGAUGGCGUCUGGAAUCACAUGAAACUUAGUUCUAGUGUCACUGAUGCGGCCAUGGCCAGGCUUCAUCAAGGGACGAAGUUGCUCACUGAAGGUGGCUAUAAAAAAGUAUUCCAGCAGACGUUUGGCUUCGUUGAUGGAGACAAAUACUUGGAUUGCUUUGCUUGCUAUCUGUCCACUUCCUCUGGGCCUGUGAAUGGGACUCUUUACAUAUCCACAAAAAGAGUGGCCUUUUGUAGUGCGUUUCCUCUUUGUUAUUAUCCAUCGCCUGGCCAGCCACAGUGGAUUCUUUAUAAGAUGGUGAUAGCGGUUGAUCAGGUGGAAAAAAUCAAUGCUUCUUCAAAUCCUAUGGAUCCUUCACAAAAAUAUAUCCAACUAAUCACGUGGGACUCUCAUGAAUUUUGGUUCAUGGGAUUCAUAUCAUAUAAUAAGGCUCUCAAGACUUUAACUAAUACAUUGCAGCGAUCACGUGCCUAGGUCGGACUCGGAAGAUACCAAAAUGCAACUGUUUCCUAUCAUAAUCUCGUGCGUGUCUAAACCAACACUUAACUUCUAUACUCUUUGCAUGUACUUUUUUGUUUCAGUCAACUGAGAUAGCUGAUAAUAAUCAUUUGAUGCAAUGCAAAUAAUAUCUUAUGAGACACAUAUCCUCGAGAUUCAUUUACUAAUGCAAAUAAUAUCUUAUGAGAUACA